UUUCGAAAUUUCGCUGCGAAUAUUAUUUUCUGUCGGUUUUGUGGACAUUCUUUCCUCUUUCCUCAGGUCAACCUUUCAUCCUAUCUCAAGUAUUUUUCAAUUGGACUGGUGAAAAUGGCUGAGGAUGGUUACAAGGUCUCUUUGAAUGUUUAUGACCUAAGCCAGGGCUUGGCCAGACAACUAUCUACAACAUUUUUGGGAAAGCCUAUUGAAGGCAUAUGGCAUACCGGAGUUGUUGUAUAUGGUAAUGAAUACUAUUUCGGAGGUGGCAUACAAAGUGCUCCAGCUGGUUCAACUCCAUAUGGGACACCAAUUCGUGUGAUAGAUCUUGGCACGACACAUGUGCCUCAAGACGUAUUUGAGGUGUACUUGGACGAUAUUGGUCCACGCUACACAGCUGAAACUUACAGUUUGCUGACUCAUAAUUGCAACAACUUUAGUAAUGAGGUUGCCCAGUUCCUGGUUGAUGCUUCAAUACCAGAUUACAUCUUGAAUCUCCCGAAUGAAGUUUUGAGUAGUCCGAUGGGUGCUGUCAUAUUGCCAAUGAUACAGAAUCUCGAGGGCACUUUGAGGGCUGGUGCAGUUCCCCAAGCUCCUCAGUUCAGGCCUUCUGCGGUUGCUGGUUCAAAUCAGGCGGCAGUUUCUUCAAAGCCAGCUAAUGGUACUACCGUCCAAUUGACUAAGAAGAAAGUUGAGGGUGAUGCCAGGAAAUCUGAAGCAGAAUUAACAAAAGGUGUACAUGAACAGACGCAGACCAAAAAGGUGUCCUCUCCUAACGGUGUAGGAGGUGCUGUUGGUAGAGAUCCACUCGGAGAUGCUCGGAGCAAAGUCCAAGAGGAGAUCAGCAAUGAGUUUGCUGCAAUUAUGGCCACUGGGGAUUUGCGUGCAAGUGAGGCGGCAGCUCUAGCAACUAGGAGAGUGAUGCAGAGAUACGGCCAUAUGUCCACAGCACAGAGCUGAAGAUUGAGGACUAUUAUUUUCCCACAAGAUUUAGGAAUACCAUUCUUCCUGGGAAUUGAUAUUUGGACCUUAUUGCGAUUAUUACAAAAUAUAAUUUCUUAGUUUUACUUGGUUGACAUAUUGUUGUAUGGAAUCUUCACUGUUUUAACAUUUUACUAUGGCAAACAGAUAACACCAAACAGCUACUUUUCUUUUUCA